AUGGCUUCCUUUAGUUAUGAUUGCGUGGGGACUGGUAAUGAAGCUGGUCUUUACCCGGAAGUAGCGUUCUACAUUACUAAAUGGUAUUGUCGACAUGAAACUCAACUCCGACAAGCUUUAUUCUUCAGCGCGGCUAGUGUAGCUGGUGCGUUCUCCGGUUUGCUCGCCUUCGCAAUUGCGAGAAUGGACGGUAUUGCCGGAUUGGACGGCUGGAGGUGGGUUUUCGUCCUAGAAGGCAUCCUCACAGUAGUCGUCGCUGUUCUGGCCUUCUUUUUCAUCCAAGACUAUCCGGUCACCGCUACAUUCUUAACAGAGAAGGAAAACGCUUGGGUUAUCCACAGGUUGAGAUCUCAGUAUUCCGAUACCGCCGUAAAAACGGAAAAAUUCCAAUGGAAAUACGUCAAAUUUGCAUUGUUGGAUUGGAAAAUUUACCUAUCCCUAAUCACCUGGUACGGGAUUGUAUGCCCACUCUACGGCAUUUCCUUCUUCUUACCGACAAUCAUUAAAGACCUGGGUUAUACUUCUUCGACGUCUCAGCUUUUGACGGUAAACUCCUUUGUUAUCGAAAUGCCUUAUCGUCUUCAAUGA